AUGUUUAGUCGUGUUCCGUUAACUGAUGAUUUUAAUCAUUUGGCAUUAUGUGCUAGAGCAAGUUUAUCUCAUCAAGCUGAAAAGAAAAUUCAUUCAAUAUUAAAUUGUGGACAAUUAUCAUUUAGAAGUAAUUUAUGCAAUUCUAAAGAUGAAAUUAUGCAUAUUCAACAAAUUGUUACAGCUAAUAAUCAUAUUAAUAAUAAUAAUAAUAACAAUGCACUAACUAUUUUACCCACUAACAAUAAUAAUGAUAACAUUACUAACACUAAUACUACUACCAAUAACAAUAUUAGUAAUAACAAUAAUAUCCAAUCAAAUCAAUGUGUAACUGUUAAUCAUCACUCAUCUAAUUGUAGUGAACGCGUUAAACGUCAUCAUUGUACAGAUUGUUCGAAAUCAUUUUAUCGUGCCAGUGACCUAGUGAAACAUCGUCGUACGCAUACAGGUGAAAAACCAUUCGCAUGUUUACAAUGCGGUCGUGCAUUUGCAGAUUCUAGUAGUCUCUCCGCGCAUAAACGAAUACAUACUGGUGAACGACCGUAUCAUUGUUGUGAAUGUGGUAAAAAUUUCUCCGUAUCAAGUAGUUUAGUAAAGCAUAGACGUAUACAUACUGGAGAACGACCAUAUAGAUGUGAAUUCUGCGGUAGAGCAUUUUCAGAUAAUAGUAGUUAUAGUGCACAUAAAAAGCGUAGUCAACGUUGUACACCUAUAGUGAUGAAUACGCCUAAUCUUCUUGGUAAUAAUAUUAAUAGCAAUGUUGGAGAUUGUGAGAAAAACAAAUGUGAAGGUUGUGCUUUCCUCGAUGCACACACACAAGCAGUUAUACAUCCUGCAGGAGCUGCUGCAAAAGCUGCGGCCGCAGCCGCUGCCAACGCUGCUGCCUCUGUAUCUGUUGAACACUUUUUAAAUAAUCCAAAUACCGUUGUUAUGUCUAAAAUAGAUGGAAGUAAUGGCUUCUGUCCGAAUUCAUUGAAUUUAGCAUUUCCUAGUCCACAAAAUACGAAUAAUAUUCAAGCUACUGCUUUAACGUGAAUGUUAGCGAGAAGAAGAAAAGAUAUUAUCACUAUUCUACAAAACUACGUAUAAAUAUAUAAUAUCUAUGUGUAGAAGCGGUUUUCUUCAUUUUUUUCAACGUGUUGCGGAGGUGGGAGAGCUUACUCUCUAUUUUAUACUUAGAAAUAUUGAAAUCAUUUGAAACUUUUAAACAGGCUUGAAUUUGCUG